AAAAAUUGAUAUAAGAGGCGGGAGUUAAUAAACGUUUGUUAAAUGAAAGUUGAAUGGGCGUAAAUGAUACACCUAUUCUGAAAAGACAAAGACGUCUACUUUAUAUUGGAAAAGAGAAUAAUCAAGCGAAUACGACAGGCACCAUAAUUUCGUCCAAAGCGACAAAUCAGCUGGACCGUAGGCGAAACGGCGCUCGGGUCGCGGAUUCCGAUCCAAAUGUUGAAGUUAUCUUCACUAUGGCACCAGCGCUCACAGAGCCUAUAAGUCCAACCGAUAACUUAAACAAUACUUCGGUGAGGGCGACAAGAGUCGCAACCGCCUCGCGUUUAAAUAAAAAAUCAUUGAAAGAAUCUACUUCGCCUACUGAAUCAAAUGUAAAUUCUAAUAAAGACAAAAGAAAUCGUAAUCAUUUUGCAACCACUUCAACUCGUGUCACACGUUCGAGAGACGCAAGUCAACGUGACUACGAGAAGCAGGCAUCAUCACCAAAAAGCGAUAUUGAAAAUAUACAAAAGAAAGAGAAUAAUGUGCAUGAUAGUGAGCAACUGGGGUUGAAUGUAAUUUUGGGUUCAAAUAAUAAUUGUAUUGAGCCAACUACAAUUUGCAAACAGGAUUCAACUGCUCAACUUUUAGCUGACUUAACAAGUAAUUUUGAAGGGGCUAUAAGUGCAGACAUUUAUUUACGUAACCAGUUAAAGGACGCGAAUUUAGAUAAAGGUGUAAAAGAAAACAAUACUAGCGAACCAAAAGAUAUUUUUGUAAUCAAAGCAGACUCAGAAGGUGUACUUGAACAGAAUACCACACUGCACAUGGAUCCGCCUUUAAUUACUGAUCCCGACAAUAAACCAAAAGUGAAUAGUGCAAUUGAAAUUCAAGGUAACAUUUAUGAAAACAUAGAUAAUUUCAAUUCUGACGAAAUACCAAGCAACUGUGCGGUAAUUCAAGGGCCUGCACUUGAACCUCAAAGUAACACCAAUGUCACAACAUCUGCGGUAGAUAUACAAGCUCUUAGUACAGAUUCCACAAUGACUGCUUCAGAAGUUGAGGAUAAUAUAGAAGAGCGAUUGAGCCAAUUGGAUAGUAUAUCUGGACCUCCUAUGCCUUGUGUACAGCCUAGCACAAACGAUUCAAAUGCAGACUUAAACGCACUUCCUACAGUUGACUCUAGUAAGCUUGCAAAUGUUACACAACAGCAAAGUAUACAAGAAUUGGUAAAUUUGGCAACAACUUCGCAAGCACCGAUUGUUUUCAAUCAACAGAACAUAUCAACUAAUAUGUCACCAAGCAUAAAUAUACAUAAUAAAGAUGGUACCGUGCUUGAAGAAGAGGAUAUCGAAGAUAUGCUUAAAGGUUUUGCUCAAGUCCCUGCAGAUACAUUAUGUGAUCUUAAUAUUAAUAAUCUAUUUAAUGAAGUAGUUAAUGGCUUUAAUUAUGAUGAAAAUUAUAGUCAAACAGCGGCAUCAACAAAACCCAGUAAUGAUAUUGAUAAGGAUACUUUAGAAGUUAUUAAAGUUAAUGAAAUUCUGGAAAAACGAGUUGCAGAUAUGUUAUUGCGAUUGCGAAUGAUUCAAGUACGCUACAUCUGUAAGCAUAGUAGUGAGGAAAUUGCUGGUCUUUUUGAAUGGUCUUCUCGUAUCAGUAAACGCAAUAGUCAUUUACUCGAUCAAGAUAAUACGAGUAAUAAUGAUCUAAUUGGUAUUGGUUCAAAUGUAAUACCGACCAACACCGAUAAAAAACGUUUUAUCUCCAUGAUGGAAGUGUAUUCAUUGAUACGAAAGCUACGCAAAGCACAUGACUCUCAGCAGUUGUCCGCCAUCGCCUCUUCUGGUAUAAAUUCUAGUAACCUAUAUAAAAAGAAUAAGAAAAACUCCCAAGAUACAUCAACGCUAUCAUCUAGCACACAUGCUAGUGAAAUGGUUAUAGUACCAACAUAUGAUCUACAAACCAUUGACGAAAUCAAAACCGUGGCUGGUUUACUGCAAACGGCAAUGCGUGAUUUACAAAAGUCAAUAGAUUCAGAUGCCACUGAAUCAAGUUCUGACGAAGAAUCAGCUGAUGAAAUGAUAUCUUAUAAUAACCCAAUACAACGAGCAGUAUCAAUUGUAAAACGAGCUGCGUAUGUUUAUUCACGUGAUCGUGCAAAAAUUGGAACACGUUGGUCUUGGGCAGUUGCACAAAUUACGGAUUUAGAAAUGAAGAUACAACAUAUUCAUAAAGUUAGUGCAGAAAUUGCACAAGGCAAAGGUGCAGUAAUUUGUGAAGAGACAAAUGAUAGUACGAUUGAUGUUAGUGAAGAAAGUUGCUGUAGAACACGCGCACUUAAUACAGCCGUAUUUCGUAAGAGAAAAUUACUCCAAACUACAAAUUUACAUACAAUCUCAAAGAAAGCAGCACGCCCAAGUACCAUAAAAUGUGGCUGCCAGUGGCCCGUGCUUCCAUGUGCUUUGUGCACAGGUCGUUCAGAUCCAACUGCACCUCGCGACUUACCUGAUACAAUGAUGCUAUCUGAAAGAGUUGCACUUUUAGAUCCGGGUUUUCAUCCAGAUAUAAUAUAA